GCUGGCCAGGUGGCACCGAGAUUGAGUUGUAGCGACAAGAGAAUGCGCUGAGAUCCCUUUGCCCUGGGGCUUUGGAGUAAUGGCCGUAUGUCUCAGUUUCCGCCGCGCAGAUGGAAGACCAGAGUGGCUCUGGCACAUUAGAUUCAUCUGUUUUAUGUCUUUCUUCACCUUUCUGCCUCCCAGCGCCUUCUGGUUUUAUGAACAAAGUUCAGCAGAGGCGUGGUUGCGAUGACAAGACUGUUGGAAGGCCGCGCUCUUUGGGCACCACCAUUUCCUCUGCUCCCUUGCUGCUUUUGUCACGUCUUCAGUGUGAAGUGGAAAGGCAAGGACUUGUUUGACCUGGUAUGCAGAACACUGGGACUCCGAGAAACAUGGUUCUUUGGCCUGCAGUACACUAUCAAGGACACGGUGGCUUGGCUUAAAAUGGACAAGAAGGUUCUGGAUCAUGAUGUGCCAACAGAGGAACCUGUCACCUUUCACUUCCUAGCCAAAUUUUAUCCUGAGAACGCAGAGGAGGAGCUGGUCCAGGAGAUCACACAGCACUUGUUCUUCCUGCAGGUGAAGAAGCAGAUUUUGGAUGAGAAGAUCUACUGUCCUCCUGAGGCUUCUGUCCUGCUGGCCUCUUACGCAGUCCAAGCCAAGUAUGGUGAUUAUGAUCCCAACGUCCACAAGCGAGGCUUUCUGGCACAGGAGGAGUUGCUUCCAAAGCGGGUAAUAAACCUGUACCAGAUGACUCCAGAGAUGUGGGAGGAGAGGAUUACAGCCUGGUAUGCAGAGCAUCGAGGCAGAGCAAGAGAUGAAGCAGAAAUGGAGUAUUUGAAGAUAGCUCAGGAUUUGGAGAUGUAUGGAGUGAACUAUUUUGCAAUUAGGAAUAAGAAGGGUACUGAACUGCUCCUUGGAGUCGAUGCUUUGGGUCUUCACAUUUAUGACCCAGACAACAGAUUGACCCCUAAAAUCUCCUUCCCGUGGAAUGAGAUCCGGAAUAUCUCCUACAGUGAUAAAGAGUUUACAAUUAAGCCAUUGGACAAAAAGAUCGAUGUGUUCAAAUUCAAUUCAUCAAAGCUGCGUGUGAAUAAGCUGAUUCUUCAGCUGUGCAUUGGAAACCACGAUCUUUUCAUGAGGAGGAGAAAGGCCGACUCAUUGGAGGUGCAGCAGAUGAAAGCACAGGCCAGGGAGGAGAAAGCCAGGAAGCAGAUGGAACGACAGCGCCUGGCCCGAGAGAAGCAAAUGAGAGAAGAGGCCGAAAGAACAAGGGAUGAGCUGGAGAGAAGGCUGAUGCAAUUAAAAGAAGAAGCAACGAUGGCCAACGAGGCCCUGAUGAGAUCUGAAGAGACAGCUGAUCUGCUGGCCGAGAAGGCUCAGAUCACGGAGGAGGAGGCCAAGCUCCUGGCUCAGAAAGCAGCAGAGGCUGAGCAAGAGAUGCAGCGAAUCAAAGCCACGGCCAUCCGGACGGAGGAGGAGAAGCGACUGAUGGAACAGAAGGUGCUAGAAGCAGAGAUGUUGGCACUGAAAAUGGCGGAGGAGUCAGAGAGGAGGGCAAAGGAGGCUGAUCAGCUAAAGCAGGACCUUCAGGAGGCUCGAGAGUCUGAGCGGAGAGCAAAGCAGAAGCUUUUGGAAAUCACUAGCAAGUCAUCCUACACGCAGUCCAUGAACUCCAGCACGACAGCACUGCCAACCGACCUGCCGAGCUUCAACCUCAUCAGUGAGAGCCUGUCCUUUGACUUCAAGGAUACAGACAUGAAGAGGCUGUCCAUGGAGAUCGAGAAAGAGAAGGUAGAGUACAUGGAGAAAAGCAAGCACCUGCAGGAGCAGCUGAAUGAGCUGAAGACUGAAAUCGAGGCGCUGAAGCUGAAGGAGAGAGAGACAGCUCUGGAUAUAUUGCACAACGAGAAUGCCAGCCGAGGCAACAGCAAGCACAACACUAUUAAAAAGCUCACCCUACAGAGCACCAAGUCCCGCGUGGCCUUCUUCGAGGAGCUCUAGGAGGUGACCGGCCCUGAGGAGUGGGGUUCCCACCCCACGGCCCCGCGCCGCCCUGAUGCCUGCUGCUCCCACCUGGCCUAUGGACUGGGAUCUUCUCCUCUUAGCAUCUCCCAGUUUGAGUUUUCCCCAUGUUCUCCUGUCCUUUUUUUUUUCCCCCCCCUUAUUUUUCUACCUCCUCUGCUCUGUCUCAGCCCCCCAGGCUUUGUCCUCCAAGAGGAGGACGGGGUUUGGAUCACAGCACACCGAGGAGCGGAUGGGGCACGGCUGGCACCCGGAGCACGUGCAGGGAGAGGAGGAGAGCACGAAGGCUGAGGCUGCUGCUGUGCUGGGGAGAGGAGGAAGGGGCAGGAAGACCUCCUUCUCUUCCUCUGCAAGCAGGAAGGAGAACAACCCAUGCCAACCAGCUGUAGCCUUUUUUUCCCCGCAGACUGUGCCAGACACGAGCAGUGUGAGGCUGUGGGUCUGUCCAGCCUCUACCCGCUCUGUGCCUUUCCAGGAGCUGCAGCAGCUCCCUUACCAGCUCCAGCUCACCACUGCCCUGUUUCAUUUCCCUAUUUAGGCUGAGCAGGCCGAGGUGCUGAUGGCACCCAAACCCCCCUGGGGACCCCCAUUGUCUCCCCCUCAGGCCCCUGCCCGCCGCUGGGCUCUGGGGCUGCCUCCAUCCCUGUGUCCCAUGCAAAGCAUCUCCCUGCAGGGGCCCGGGGCGCCCAGUGCCUGGCAGUGGGGCCCGGCCACGCGCUGCCUCCACCCCACGGCGCCCCGACCCCUUUUAUUUAAGCACGCGUCUGUAUCAGCUCCCUGCCCCAUGCGUGCCUGCCAUUUGGAUGGGUUCUCCCCUGACCCUGGUACAGCCUUUUUCUAUUCCCACGGAUUGUUGUAUCCUAAGAAAUGAUGGGUUCCUCGUUUGUUUUAAUAAAAACUCA